AUGUCGUCUAUAUUAAAACAAAGAGUCAGAUAUGCUCCAUACUUGAACAAGUUGAGAACUGGUCAAGAAUGUAUUGAUCUUUUCAAAAAUGGCCAGUAUCUCGGUUGGUCUGGUUUCACCGGUGUUGGUGCUCCAAAAGUCAUCCCCACCGUAUUGGCAGAUCACGUCGAGAAUAACAACUUGAAGGGCCAAUUGGGUUUCCACUUGUUUGUUGGUGCCAGUGCUGGUCCAGAAGAAGGUAGAUGGGCUGAUAACAAUAUGCUUCUAACCAGAUCCCCUCAUCAGGUUGGUAAACCAAUUGCUGCUGCAAUUAAUGAUGGCAGAACUCAGUUCUUUGAUAAGCACUUGUCGAUGUUUCCACAAGACUUGACAUAUGGAUUCUAUACCAAGGAUAAACCAAAUGGCCACAAUUUGGAUAUCACCAUUGUUGAAGCCACUGCAAUCAAAGAAGAUGGUUCAAUUGUCCCUGGACCAGCUGUCGGUGCAUCACCAGAAAUGUUGUCCGUCUCCGACAAGGUGAUUAUUGAGGUUAAUACCAACACGCCAUCUUUUGAAGGUCUUCACGAUAUAGAUAUGCCAGUUAAUCCACCAUUCAGACAACCAUACCCACACACUUCUGCUGAUUACAAGGUUGGUUUGAACUCGAUUCCAGUUGACCCUAGUAAAGUUGUUGCCAUUGUUGAAAGUACCACUCGUGACAAGGUUCCACCAAAUACUGCUAGUGACGAGCAAUCAAAAGCCAUUGCUAACCACUUGAUUGAGUUUUUGGAACAUGAAGUCAAACAAGGUAGAUUACCAGAAAACUUGCAUCCAUUGCAAUCAGGAAUUGGAAAUAUUGCCAAUGCAGUGGUGGAAGGUUUGGCGUCAUCUAAAUUCAAAAACUUGACUGUUUGGACUGAAGUUUUACAAGAUUCAUUCCUAGAUUUCUUUGAAAGUGGUUCCCUAGACUAUGCAACUGCCACUUCCAUUAGAUUAACUGAAGCUGGGUUUGAGAAAUUUUACGAAAACUGGGACACUUACUCCAAAAAAUUGUGUCUUCGAUCACAAGCUGUUUCAAAUUCACCUGAAAUCAUUAGAAGAUUGGGUGUUAUUGCCAUGAACACUCCAGUUGAAGUAGACAUUUAUGGACAUGCAAACUCAACCAAUGUCAUGGGUUCAAGAAUGUUGAAUGGGUUGGGUGGAUCAGCUGAUUUCUUGAGAAAUGCCAAAUUGUCCAUCAUGCAUACACCAUCUGCCAGACCUUCGAAAGUCGACCCAACUGGUGUUUCUUGUAUUGUUCCAAUGGCUCCUCACGUUGACCAAACCGAACAUGAUUUGGAUGUGGUUGUAACCGAACAAGGUUUGGCUGACUUGAGAGGAUUGUCACCAAAGGAAAGAGCAAAGGUUAUCAUUGACAAGUGUUCUCACCCUGACUACAGAGAUCAAUUACAAGAUUACCUUGACAAAGCAAUUUACGAAUGUACCAAGAGGAAGACAUUACAUGAACCACACUCUUUGAGGGAUGUGUUUAAGAUGCAUUUGAACUUCCAAGAGAAUGGAACUAUGAAAUUGGAUUCAUGGUAA